ACUCUGGCGUUUCGCGAGAGCUUUCCAGAGAGAUAACCAGGCUUGAUCUUGGCCAUGGAUCAACAGCGAACUGGCGACCUCAACUGGCGCCUCAGUGCGCACCCCAUCACCCUCUUGUUCUUCCUAGGUUUUAGAAUAGGGAGUCUGUUGAUGUACCUAUUUGGCGUCCUCUUCAUCAGUGACUUUGUUCUCGUCUUCAUACUCACCCUCCUGCUCCUUUCAGCCGAUUUCUAUUACCUCAAAAAUAUUGCUGGUCGCCGGCUAGUUGGCCUUCGAUGGUGGAACGAAGUAAAUACCUCAACCGGUGAUUCCAACUGGGUCUUUGAGAGCUCCGACCCGAAUACCCGCACCAUCAAUGCUACAGAUAAGCGAUUUUUCUGGCUUAGUCUGUACGCAACCCCAGCAUUGUGGAUUGGGCUGGCGAUCCUGGCAAUCAUCAGGCUUCAAAGCGUAAUCUGGCUGAGCUUAGUUGGCAUUGCACUUAUUUUAACUGUUACGAAUACCUUGGCGUUUUCUCGAUGUGAUCGCUUCAGUCAAGCUUCAACGUUCGCGAGUAGUGCUUUAUCUGGCGGCAUUACGAGCAAUCUUACGCGUGGUGUGUUUGGAAGGUUAUUCAGAUAGUUCCCAGGAAAUAUUGUCAAGCCUGCCGAAGCAUCGGAGCUUAGAUGAGACAAACAAAACAGGCCGGAUAGUGCGGUGAACCUUUCUCUGUGCAAACGAUAUAGUCAUUUCCCUUCUAUGACUUUACUUUCCCAGGCUGUUUUUCAUCGGUCCGGCGAGGCGUCUGGAGUUUAUAGCAAAGUUUACUGCGACUUUUAACCUGGAUAUCUUUCUGGGGAACUAUACGGAUUAAUGUACUUUUACUUGUUUGAAGCUCAUUGAUAUUGUUUCAAGUGACCAAGCAGGAACCUACGAUCCGUCCUGAUUGACAGCUGAUAUUUCACAGUUUGGCACGUUGGGCUUCUGCCAUGAAUUUUAUCUCCUGUCUCACGGCCAAAUCCCUCAGGAUCUCCUCGCUUCCACCGCCCACGACGAAUACUCUUACGUCACGGCUAAUCGCCUCGAUUCUCGCUCCUUUGCCUGCCUUGUUAUACCCUGCACCACCCAGGAUCUGCUGGGCCUCGCGGCAGACCUUCUCCAGACAGCGGGUACUCAUUACUUUCAGGAGGGCCGUCAUACCUCCAACGUCGAUCUCCCUACCGGUUUUGGCGUUUAGCUGGAUGGUGUAGGCUAGCUGCUCCAAAAACGCUUGACAUGGUUCAAUAAGUUGGCCGAAUUUGCUGAAUUUAGCCCGGAUGAUCUGAUUGUAAAUGAGCGGUUUGCCGAAUGUUUCCCGAGUGAUCGCGUAAUUGUAAGCAUCUUCGACGCAAACGCGGGAGAGACGGAUGCAGGAGCUCGCCAUCCCGAGACGUUCAGGGUUAAAGUCUACGUCCCAUCAGCUUUGAAUAUAAAGAUGUUAGUGCAAGGCUGGAUGUAAGGGUCGCGUACUUGACAUGAUGUAUUUAAAGCCUUGGUUUUCCUUUCCAAUAAGAUUCUCUGCAG